AUGAAGCAGACUCACCUGUUUGUGGUGGGGGUCUGCCUGCUGUCCUCCUGCCGGGCAGAGGAGGGGCUGAACUUCCCCACGUACGACGGCAAGGACCGUGUGGUGAGUCUCACGGAGAAGAACCUCAAGCAGGUCCUGAAGAGGUACGACCUGCUGUGCCUCUACUACCACGAGCCCGUGUCUUCGGACAAGGUCGCGCAGAAGCAGUUCCAGCUGAAAGAGAUCGUGCUGGAGCUUGUGGCCCAAGUCUUGGAACAUAAAGAUAUAGGCUUUGUGAUGGUUGAUGCCAAGAAAGAAGCCAAACUUGCCAAGAAACUAGGUUUUCAUGAAGAAGGAAGCCUGUACAUCCUUAAGGGCGAUCGCACAAUUGAGUUUGAUGGCGAGUUUGCAGCUGAUGUCCUGGUGGAGUUUCUCUUGGACCUAAUUGAAGAUCCAGUGGAGGUCAUCGGCAGCAAACUGGAAGUCCAAGCCUUUGAACGCAUUGAGGAUCACAUCAAACUCAUUGGUUUUUUCAAGAGCGAAGACUCAGAAUACUACAAGGCUUUUGAAGAGGCAGCUGAGCACUUCCAGCCUUACAUCAAGUUUUUCGCGACCUUUGACAAAGGGGUUGCAAAGAAAUUGUCCUUGAAGAUGAAUGAGGUUGACUUCUACGAGCCAUUUAUGGACGAGCCCAUUGCCAUUCCUGACAAACCUUACACAGAAGAAGAGCUUGUGGAGUUUAUAAAGGAGCACCAGAGACCCACCCUACGCCGCCUGCGCCCAGAAGAUAUGUUUGAAACAUGGGAAGAUGACUUGAAUGGGAUCCACAUAGUGGCCUUUGCAGAGAGGAGUGACCCAGAUGGCUACGAGUUCCUGGAGACCCUGAAACAGGUGGCCCGGGACAACACUGACAACCCGGACCUGAGCAUCAUCUGGAUCGACCCGGACGACUUCCCCCUGCUCAUUGCCUAUUGGGAAAAGACUUUCAAGAUCGACCUAUUCAAGCCGCAGAUUGGGGUGGUGAACGUGACAGAUGCUGACAGUGUCUGGAUGGAGAUUCCGGAUGACGACGACCUGCCCACGGCUGGGGAGCUGGAGGAGUGGAUUGAGGACGUGCUUUCUGGAAAGAUAAACACCGAGGAAGACGACAAGGAGGAUGACGAUGAUGACGAUGAUGAUGGUGACAGCGAUAAUUCUGAUGAGGAGGAGAAUGAUGACAGUGAUGAUGAUGAUGAUGAUGACUAG